AUGUAUUCAAACCUCGCAAGAGGGAUCUAUUACUCACUCCUCAAGAAGGCUGCAUUGUUUGACAAGGAGCCUGUGCUUAAGUGUUUGUUGACUCAAGAUUCUCUCGUCUAUUAUUAUCGCAAAAUCAAGAAUGGAAAUCAGAAAGAACUCACUGGUUGUCAAACUCUGCUUAGCGAGUUCCUUCAAGAUCGGCCAGUUUAUACGUUUGGAACAUCGCUUACAGCGUUCAUCAAAAAGAAGGCGGAGGAAGACGCCGACUUCUCAAGUGAAGAAUCGAAUAUUAACAUCCUUCUCCGACUCACAGAUUAUCUCAAUCACCAACUAAACCACGCAAAGAACAAGGACUAUUUCGCAGAGCCAUCUCUCCCUGCACCCCGUGAAGAUACAACUCCUUUUCUUUGUUCAUUCCUAGUCCGUGAGUUUUAUGAUCGUCUCAACCCCACUCUUCUUCCCCCCAAUCAAUCAUCCUACAAGGGCUGCGUUCUAUUAGCUCACCCAGCCCUCGUUCUGCUCGAUUCCGUCUGUCCCGAGCGAGAAGGCUUCGAGAACGCCCACUAUCCCGCCUUCCUCAAAUACUUGCUGGACCCUCAGCAGAGCGUGUAUCCCGUCGUCCACCCCAUGGACGUGUUCCCCGACUCCAGAGAACUCUUCGAAUCCAAACACUUGCUGAUCAAACACGCCGCGCAGCUUCAGAAGCAGGAAAUCCCGGCAUCGCCGGGCAAUGCCCAGAUCGGUUCGCGUCGUCGCGUCUCGGUUUUGCCUCCAGAACUGGAGAGCGAAAUGCGUGGAACCAAGGUGGAAACGGAGAACCCUCUACCACCACUGCGGUCUUUGGAAUCGUGGAAACAGUGGGAUUCGGUGUACGAUCGGUACAGUUCGCAACACCCGAUUUUGGGGGAGAUGGAGGAGAAUUCGAAUCGAAUCGUGCUGGCGUCGCUGGGGAAUGUGAGCGAAUCGACGCGGAAUGAAAUGGAAUUCGUGGAAGAAUCGAACGGAUUGCUGGCGACGGAUGAGUAUGAGCGAGUGUGCUUGGAUCUGUCGCGCUCGUGCGGGACGAUGAAGAGUAUUCCGAUGUGUGUGGCCUCGCUCUCACUCUAUUCAUAUCCUUUUCACAGAAUCAUCAUCAUCAUCAAUAUUGAAAUUGAAACUUAA